GGAGUAGUGUUGACCUAUAUACGUUGCCAUAUGAAUAAAAAUGUUUUGUACACUUUUUACAAACAAGUUCGUGGCAUUGCUUUUUUUUUUUGAAAGGUUACAUUAUAUAACUUAUAAAAACUAUCCGUAGCAAUCGUAGUAAGUUUGCAAGCUUAUAAGAAUUCGUGUAACUAUUAAGGAAAGUGCGGGUUUGAUUACAAAAAUGCAUAUACCUAAGACAACGAGUGACCCGGUCGCGCAUGCGCAUUGCGCACGCCAAGAACACGGUUGAUUUCCUGCGCUAACGGAUGCUAUAACAAACUUGCUGUGACGUAGCGUCCCGCACACAGGUGUAAGGGUGUAGUGUUUGGGUGGGAUGCUAAUGGCACUGAGACCACAGAUUUAAGAGGACCUUCUGCUGAUCUUACCUGGUUGCUUUCACGUCAUCACAAAACAAACAAACCCAGAUAUGAAAAUAGCAGUGGAAGGCUGCUGCCAUGGCGAGCUGGACAAGAUCUACGAGACCAUUGGCUACCUGGAGCGUAAGGAAGGCAUUAAGGUGGAUGUGCUGCUGUGCUGUGGGGAUUUCCAGGCUGUGAGGAAUGAGGGAGAUCUGAAGUGCAUGGCAGUGCCACUCAAGUACAGGCACAUGCAGACCUUUUACAAGUACUAUUCAGGAGAGAAGAAAGUGCCGGUCCUGACCAUCUUCAUCGGUGGCAACCAUGAGGCUUCUAACCAUCUGCAAGAGCUUCCCUAUGGAGGCUGGGUGGCCCCGAAUAUAUACUAUUUGGGUUACGCUGGCGUUGUUCGCUACAGAGGUAUACGGAUCGGUGGCCUUUCUGGGAUUUUUAAAACGCACGAUUACAGAAAAGGACACUAUGAGUUUCCACCAUACAGCCAAGAAACCCUGCGCAGUGUCUACCACAUUAGAAACAGCGAUGUCUUUAAGCUUAAACAGAUCCGCAUGCCCAUGGAUGUGUUCAUGACACACGACUGGCCGCGGGGCAUCUACCACUACGGGAGCACGGAGCAGCUGUUGAGGAAGAAGAAGUUCCUGCGUGAGGAGGUGGAGUCAGGCACACUGGGAAGUCCGGCCGCCGCUGAACUCCUCAAUCACCUGCAGCCCGGCUACUGGUUCUCUGCACAUCUACACGUCAAAUUCGCUGCCGUGAUGCAGCACGAGGCCAGGGGAAAUGCUGCUCCUAAGACAACCAAGUUCCUCUCUCUGGACAAGUGUCUUCCUCAUCGAGACUUCCUUCAGGUAGUGGAGAUCGCGGACAGACCUGGCUCCUCUGAAAAGCUGGAGUAUGACCCGGAGUGGUUAGCCAUCUUGAAGGCCACUACCCGCCUUCAGAAACCCUCACCAAACAUCUGGCACCCGCCUGAGAAUAACGGCCUUCACACUCGUUGGGACUACAGUGCAUCAGAGGAAGCCAUGAUGGAGAUAGUGAGUGAUUUAAAUGGUGAGCUCAGCAUCCCUGAGAACUUCAGUCCAACGGUGCCCGCUUAUGACCCUUCUCGCCCUCAGCCCCACGCCCCACCGGCCUACUGCACCAACCCCCAGACCACAGAGUUGUGUGCCACCCUCAGUCUCGUCGACAUCUACGCUCUGGCAGGCCAGAGCGCACAGAACUCUACGUCCUGGAGAGAAGAAGGAGCAAACGAAGAGGAGGACGAGGACAACCAGAGCUCGGGUAGCGUUGAUGAACCCAGCGAGUACCCCACUGACACCUCGGUGCUCUCCAGCUCCUACAACCCUGACGAGAUUACCAUCGAGGAUGAGUGGGAAGAGGAGGAGGAGGAGGUGGAGGAGAAGGAUGGAGGGGAGGUAAAGAAGCCUGGAACAGAUGCAGUGGUUCCUGAGGCUCCAGUAGGAGUGCAGGACAGUGAUAGGGACAGCAGCCCCCAGCGAGAGGCCAUGGGCAGGCUUGUCCUACCACCUCCUCGCACAGCAUCAAAGAGUGAUGAGGCCUCAGAUUUGCCCCUUAGACUACCUCCACCUUCUACACCGUUCUCGAGCUGUUUCUCCCAGACGAGCUCAGAGGAAGAGGGGGCCACGCCACCGGCCAGAGUGCCCAAGCGGCCGAGUGGAGAAACCAAGGGAUCAUUCACCCCCACAGGCAGCACCCCCCGGAUCAAACGGCGCAACCAGACCAUCUACGCAGCAGCUGACGACGAGGAGAGUUAGAAAAAGGUUGAGUGAAAGAGUGAAAAUUUAUAGACUGAUGCAAAUUAAUUUUGUUUACCCAAGAGAGCUUUUUAGUUUUUUUUUUUUAAACGUUAAACAAUUUGGACUGUUGAUAAAAUGGGUUUUAAAGAACAAAGCUACUAUUAUUAUGGGAUAUUUUUGCUUUCUUACAUGCUGUCAUUGUCAUACACUUGUAUGAUAUUCUCAGUGUCACUGUGAUGUUUAUUGUUUAUGAUAAACAUUUCGUUUUAACUAAUUUGUUUUUAAUCAUUCUUUAUCAAUCACAUUUGAAGCUGUCUUUUUUUUUGGCCUUUUUUUUUUUGGCCUUUUUUUUUUUGGCCUUUUUGGGUUUUUUUUGGUUUUUUUUAAGAUAAGGUGACCUUCCACUGACAUUGUAGCAUUCAGGACAUCAUAUCAUGACCUUAAGUAGUAUUAUAAGAUUCUAUCUAUAAUUCAGUCUUAACCUUAAGUUCACAAUUUGUUUAAAAUACACUGACCAACUGUUCACUUUAAUAGGAACACCUGUACAUUCAUGCACUUGUCUAACCAGCCAAUCACGUUGCAGCAGUGUGGUAAAGGCAUAAAAUGCAAAUACAGGUCAAGUGGUUCAGUUAAUGUUCCCGUCAACCACCAGAAUGGUGGUGGAGGAAAAGUGAUCUCUGGGAACUUUACCUGUGGCAUGGUUGUUGGUGCCAGAUGGGUUGGGUUGAGUAUUCCAGAAACUCCUGAAUCUCCAGCGAUUUUCUCACACAACAAUCUUUAGAGUUUACACAGAAAGGUGCAGAAAACAAAAAAAAAACAUCCAGUGAGCAACAGUGAUGGUGGAAACGCCUUGUUGAUAGAGGUCAAAGGAAAAAUCACCAGGCCGGUUCGAGCUGACUGGAAGACUACAGUAACUCAAAUAACAGCUCUUUACAACCACAGUGAGCAGAAAAACAUCUCCGAACACAACAUGA